AUGGAGAACGGGGGUGAGAGGAGCGCGAUGGAGAAGUUACCAGCCACGGAGUGGAUCAUGUGUUCCACGUGCUCCGGUUUUGUGUGCAGGACGAGGCGCACAGCCGAGGUGGUGGAGGUGGUGAAGGAAGCCGGGAAGAUGCGGGACUUGAUGAAGGCGGUCCUGCUGCACGGGCCCCUCCAGGAGAUAGAGCCAGCUGAGGCGACGAAGGAGCAGUGGAAGACCAAGAAGUGCCCGACUUGCUCCGGUUCGCUGUUAGAGGCGUGCCCGACUAGCUCGAUGGAGGAGGGCAGCGUGUUCAUGGCUGUCCUUCUGUCGGAGGGCGGGAUGGAGAGGAAGAAGAUUGCGACGGAGGACGAGGCGAUGGUGGCAGACGCCAGAUCGGAGCAGAAGUUGAAGCAAUCGAGGGAGGAGGGCAAGAGAUCUAGCAGCGGAUUGGAGGAGAAGAAGAAGGCGAAGAGCGAGGAUAAGGAAGGCAGUGGAUCAAAGAGGAAGAAGGCUAAGAGAUCGAGCGAGAUGGAGGGUAGUGGAUCGAAGGAGGCAAAGAUGAAGGGCAGCGAAUUGAAGGAGGCGGCGGAGAUUGAGGACAUCAUCAAAUCAGACGGCGAGGAGGCAAAGAUGGAGGACAGCGAAUCGGCUGUCGGAAAUAGGAAGACUAAGAUGGUGACUAAGAGGUUGGACAAGAAGUCCAUUCAUAUUUUCAAGAAUCAGCCCCCUCCCAAGCCCCUCAUCGACAAUUCGCUUUACGUGAACCAACACAUGAUUGAUAUUAUUACUGCCCAUGAUGAGGUUGAUCGUGUGUUCCUUGAGUACUUGCAAUGCCAUUCCUCCAUCAAGGGGUAUGCUGAGGUCCAGCUGGAGGUCACCGAUGACGAAGGCGAUGACCACAAGUUGGUGUAG